GCGAAGGAUUUAUUGAAUUAUUUACUGUUUUGUGUACGAAAAUACACAUAAAAAACAAUAUCUGCGAGCUUGAGCAUCUUCAUAAAGCACAAGCACGUUCCGCAUAAGACAUAGCAGUGCACGAAUCUGAUAUAUACUUCGAGAGCGACGGCAUGUUAUUGGGCUUAAACGAGCUGACCACAACAAGGCGUCUUUUGUUUAUUGUGGCUGUUUUGGGUAUUGUGCUAUAUGCAAAAAUCCAUAUACUUCCGGUUUUCGAGUGGUACUGGACUGCGAUUAGCUUAUAGCCGAUAUAAAGAUGACGGAAAGACGUGUUUCGUACUUUUACAAUGCUGAUGUGGGUAAUUUUCACUACGGCGCGGGGCAUCCGAUGAAACCGCAACGCUUGGCGGUCACUCACAGUCUGGUUAUGAACUAUGGAUUGCAUAAAAAGAUGAAAAUCUAUCAGCCGUACAAAGCAAGUGCACAGGAUAUGCUGCGGUUCCACAGUGAUGAAUAUAUCGCCUACCUGCAGCAGGUGACUCCGCAAAAUAUACAAUGCAACUCCGUGGCUUAUACCAAGUAUUUGGCGCACUUUAGCGUUGGAGAGGACUGUCCGGUUUUUGACGGACUGUUUGAUUUCUGCGCCAUGUAUACGGGAGCUUCACUUGAGGGCGCACAAAAGCUGAACCACAAUCACAGCGACAUUUGCAUUAAUUGGUCGGGUGGUCUGCAUCACGCCAAGAAGUUUGAAGCCUCUGGUUUUUGUUAUGUCAACGACAUUGUUAUUGGCAUCCUGGAACUGCUUAAAUAUCAUCCGCGAGUUCUCUACAUUGACAUUGAUGUACACCAUGGCGAUGGAGUACAGGAGGCAUUUUAUCUAACGGAUCGCGUGAUGACAGCUUCAUUUCACAAGUACGGCAACUACUUCUUCCCGGGCACGGGUGAUAUGUAUGAGAUUGGUGCCGAAUCUGGGCGAUAUUACAGUGUUAAUGUGCCCCUCAAGGAGGGUAUCGAUGAUCAGAGCUACUUUCAAGUGUUUAAGCCGAUCAUCUCGGCCAUCAUGGACUUUUAUCGACCUACAGCAAUUGUCUUGCAAUGUGGCGCCGAUUCGUUGGCUGGAGAUCGUCUUGGUUGCUUCUCGCUAAGCACUCGGGGACAUGGUGAAUGCGUCAAGUUCGUCAAGGAGCUAAAUGUGCCCACCUUGGUAGUGGGCGGUGGUGGUUAUACACUACGCAACGUGGCACGCUGCUGGACACACGAAACAUCUCUGUUGGUGGACCAGGAGAUAGCUAACGAUUUGCCCGCAACGGAAUACUAUGAUUUCUUUGCUCCAGACUUCACGUUACAUCCCGAUAUCAAUUCCCGGCAAGACAAUGCUAACUCAAAACAGUAUUUGGAGUUGAUUGUUAAGCAUGUGUAUGAGAAUCUGAAAAUGUGUCAGCACUCGCCCAGUGUGCAGAUGGUACAAACACCACCGGAUGUGGAUUUGGAGGAGCUGCGCAUGAGGGAGGAAACCGAUCCAGAUGUCCGCAUGUCUCAGGCGGAGGAGGACAAGCUAGUCGAUGCGAAAAACGAGUUUUAUGAUGGCGAACAAGAUCAGGACAAGCCAGAUUCAGUAGAAGGUUAAGAUAAGUUAGAAUACAAUUAAAGAAAAUAACAAAUAGAUUGCCACAUUUGGCUUUAAAAUAGA